AUGGGCACCAACGGCUCUGGGAAGUUGUGGUGGCUGCUGCUGCCCCUGCUGCUGCUGCUGCUGCUGCUGCUGAGUCCUGCGAGGUCUGGAGCCCAAGAACAGCUGGACAGAGACAGGGAGGCCUUGGGGCUCAUCCCACCGAUGGAGAUACAGCAUGGGCCCACAAGCGUCCUAUACCGGAGCUCUGAGGUGCAGGCGGGAGGGGGAAGGCUAAGUGCCUCAUCCGAAGAGAUGAUCGAGCAGAGUCUGGCUAGCUACCUGGACCAAAGUUCCUGGAAGAUGCCCAACACCUACCUGCUGGUGUUGAAGAAAUCCCAGAGGCAGCAGAUAGGGAGUAUUGUCCACCGCCUGCAGGCCCAGGCUGCCAGCCAGGGCUUCUUGUUCGAAGUGCUACACGUCUUCAAAGACCUCUUUCCUGGUAUCCUGAUGAAGUCUGUAAAUGUGGGUGAGCUGGACCUGGUCCUGAGGCUGAGGCAGGUGAAGUUCAUCGAAGAGGAUUCCUUUGCUUUUACACAGAGCCUCCUGUGGAGCCCUCAGCUGAUUUGUCCUCAGUCAAACCAGUCUUUGAGUGCCAUGUGGAACAUGUGGAACUCUACUGAGUGGAACCAGAUUCACAGUUCUAAUGACAGGAGCAAGGAAAAACCUGUCGAGGUGUAUCUCAUGGACACUGGUAUCCAGCCUAGUUAUGGAGAAAUCAAGGACAGGGUCACCAUCUCCAAUUUCGACAGAGUGCCUGAGAAGGAAUGGCUGAGCACCAGGACACAGGAGACCAAUUGUGAAAUCCACGGCACCCACCUGGCAGCAGUGGUCAGUGGCCGGAUGGUUGGUAUGGCCAAGAACAUCAACAUACACCGUGUGCGUGUGCUCAACUGCCAAGGGAAGGGCACAGUCAGCGGGAUCCUCAUGGGCUUGGAGUUUAUUUGGAAAAAGCUGGUCUCCGAGCCCUCCAAGCGGAUGGUAGUGCUGCUGCCCCUGGUGAGUGGCUACAGUAGGAGCAUCAACAGUGCCUGCAAGCGCCUGGCAAGGGCUGGGGCAGUGCUGGUGGCUGCUGCGGGCAAUUCUUGGAGUAAUUCCUGUGCCUACUCCCCGGCGUCAUCUCCUGAGGUCAUCACUGUAGGAGCUGUCGAUUCCCAGGACCAGCCUUUCAUCCAGGGACCUCUGGGUACCAACUAUGGCUCCUGUGUGGACAUCUUUGCUCCUGGGGAACACAUUGUCAGUGCCUCCAGAGACUGUACCAAUUCUUAUAAAAUGAAGAGUGGAAGUGCACAGGCGGCUGCUCACGUGGCUGGCAUUGCAGCCCUGAUGCUCAUUGACCAGCGAAAUCUCACUGUGGCUGAGCUCAGGCAGAGGCUGAUCCACUACUCCAUCAGCAACGCUAUCAAUGACACCUGGUUCCCUGAAGAGGAGCGAGACAUGACACCUAACCUGGUGGCUACACUGCCCCUCAGCUCUCGGAAAGCAGCUGGACAGCUGUUCUGCAGGACUGUGUGGUCAGCACCCUGGGAGCUCAGGCUGACAGAAGCUGCCAAGGCUCACUGUGACCCCGAGGAGGAGCUGCUGGGCUGCUCCAGUUUCUCCCAGAGUGGGAUGCGGCAGGGUGAGCGUGUGAGGACAAAAGGGAACAGACGCGUUUGCCUGGCAUUUGGAGACUGCCAUGUUUCUGCGGUGGCCCGAUGCUGCCUGCUCCCCAAAGCCAACUGCAGUGUCCAUACAGCCCCUCCAGCCUUGAUGCAAAUGAAGACCUAUAGCCACUGCCCACAUCCUGACCAUGUCCUCACAGGCUGCAGCUCCCACUGGGGAAUAGAGAACCUUGGUGUCUAUCGGAAUACUACAAGGAAGCGAGGUCCUAAUCAGUCCAGACUGUGUGUGGGGCACAAGGAGGCCAGUGUCCAUGCUUCCUGCUGCCAUGCUCCAGGCCUGCAGUGCAAAACGAAGAUGUACAGGCCACUUUAUCCCUUGCAGAAGAUCACUGUGACCUGUGAUGUGGGCUGGACCCUGACCAGCUGCAGUGCCCAUCCUGAGACCUCGAUCACCCUGGGAGCCUCCGUGGCCAACGCGUGUGUCGUGAGGCACCAGCGCAUUGACAAAACAGGAAGGAACAGGAAGGAGGUACUAAUAGUCAUGGCCAUCUGCUGCCGGAUCCAGCCCACAGGCCAGCUGUAG